AUGGCUGAAAAGGCACUCGUCCCCGUCAACGCUCCGACAAAGCUGACCCUGCGGGAGAAGCUGGACUUCAUACCAGCUGGUCUCGGUUUCGUCGCGACAGCCAUAGCUGCAGCCAUUACCGGCCUUGUGCGCGGACAGGAUGGAAUCAAGUCUUACAGGACUCAUGUCCGCUAUGCCGUUGUUCGGAGAUUCCUAUGGCGCAUGUCGAUAAGACAGCUCCACUUCAUUUAUCCUUCUACGGCUGAGGCUUACCAGAUCCUUGCAAAGAAGAAGAGGUUUACUCCUGAGACUGUUCAGCUUGAGCACGGCGCCCAGGGCCACUGGAUAGGGAAGAAGGACGCAAAGAACGUAUUGAUAUACUACCACGGAGGCGGGUUUGCCCUAUCUGCAUACGUUGGACACUUCCAGUUCUACUAUGACAUGAUGACCGAGCUCAACGCUGCCGGCAAGGAUAUUUCUAUCUUCUUUAUCUCAUAUACCCUCAGCCCGGAAGGCGUCUAUCCAACCCAGCUAAGACAGGCCGUCGGAGCCCUUCGCUACAUCGUGGAAGAGACCGGCCGCGAUCCCCAGACCAUCUUCAUGGGUGGUGACUCUGCCGGAGGACACCUCACGUUUGGAGUCCUGUCGCACCUCUCUCAUCCUCACGAGGCCAUCAAGCCAUUGGAUAUAUCUGGUCCUCUGGGCGGUGCCUUUACGAUGGCACCGUGGGUCUCGUUGGCCGCCGAGCUGCCCUCGUACACCAGAAACGCCCACAAGGACUAUCUCUCCAUGAAAUGCGGAUCAGCUUGGGCGGCAGUGUGCUUUGCCGGCUCGGAGCCGGACAACUAUAACCAGGCGUCCCAAGCACCGCCAGAGUGGUGGAAGGACAUUAAGACCAAGGCCCUCCUUAUUGUCAUCGGAAAGAAUGAUGUUAUCGUCGACGGGUACGUUGUUUCCGAUGGAGAGGCUCAUAUCGGUCCUAUUAUGGACCGCAUUAUGGGCGAUAAGACGGAUACGGGAAUGAGCAAGGCAAUGAGAGCCUGGUUUAUGGAGCAGUUAUAA